AUGAUUGCUCUGGUGCUCUGUCGUCAAGCCUCAGUGAGGCAAUGCGGCCGCCUCACCAGAUCAGGUUAUAGAGCCGCGACGGAUUUGUCUCCUUUCAAGAGACUUCUCUACCGGGGCAGCAAUGGCGCAAGAAGCAUAAGCUCAAUGCUUGAAAAUACUCGAAAUAUCGGUAUCAUCGCUCACGUUGACGCUGGCAAAACAACAACAACUGAGCGCAUGCUCUACUAUAGUGGCGUGACCCAGCGAGUAGGAGAUGUGGAUUCUGGCAACACUGUAACCGAUUUCCUUGAGCUUGAGCGGGAGCGUGGAAUCACCAUCCAAUCAGCGGCAAUAACGUUUCACUGGCCGCUACAACAGGAUUGCCCUCCUGGAACAGCCCCAAAGACCAUCAAUCUCAUUGAUACUCCUGGUCACCAAGAUUUCAGAUUUGAAGUUGAUCGAUGUUUACCAAUCCUUGAUGGAGCCGUCUGCAUCAUCGAUUCUGUCAAGGGUGUAGAAGCACACACAGAACGAGUUUGGGCCUCUGCCCAGGAGUUCAGAGUUCCGCGAAUUGUUUACUGUAACAAGCUGGACCGUGAGGGCGCAUCAUUUAGAAAAUCCGUCUUGGAAAUUGGCUCUCGACUCAAAGGAUGGCCAUUGGUCUGCCAAAUUCCGUGGUGGAAGACCGAAAGGCAAAAGACUCGAUAUGAACCCACCGAGCUCGAAGAGAUACUGUCAACUUCAAACCAAUCGUUAUUGGCCGAGAUGAAAGUAGCACGACAGCGUCUGGUCGAGGGCCUUGCAGAUUUUGACGAGGCCGUGAUGGAUGAAUUCUUGGCUGAAAAUGAAAAUAUCCCCGCUUCCCUGUUGAAGCAAGCCAUAAGGAGAAGCAUCCAAAGCGGUGAUGGCCGUUUCAUACCAGUAUUCGCCGGUUCGAGCUUUCGUCAUAUUGGAGUUGAGCCGCUCAUGGACGCCAUCGCGGACUAUCUUCCUAAUCCAGCGGAACGUCCAGAUGCUGAGGUCAGAGUUGGGAGUACGAAGAGCGAGCUUCGGGAAGCACUGAAAGGAAAAGGCAAGAAGACAGUGGAUGCCAAUGAGGGCGUCAUUAGUUUUGUGAGAGUUUAUCAUGGAACUCUUACUCGCAAUGCUCCGAGCUUCAACACCCAUAUGCUUAUCCAGGAACGACCAAUGGGCAUCUUGCAAAUAUCUGCGUCCAAGACUGAAGACAUUCAAGAGCUUUCUGUGGGCCAAAUCGGAGCCCUGAGAGGACUUAAGAAAGCUCGCACUGGAGAUACUUUGAUCACCAUGGCGAGUGGCAAAACUGUCCCUGAACAUUUACGACAUAUCCAGAUCAGGCCUCCAGAGAUUCCUCCACCGGUUGCCUUUUUGCAAGUUGAUCCAUAUGGGAAUGUGGCAGCACAACAAUUAGAGGUCGCUCUGGAGAGCGCGUCUCGAGAAGACCCAAGCCUUCGGUGGAGUAGAAAUCCAAAGACUGACCAAUUUACCAUCCAGGGUAUGGGAAAGCUCCACCUGGAUGUGUCACUCUACAAUAUGAGGCAGAAGCAUAAGAUAGAUGCCGAGUUUGGUCCUAUUGAGGUCGACUACAAGGAAUGUGUUACCACCAUGACCUCUCCUCAGCAUGCAGUUUUUGACCGUCCAGUUGCGGGCAAGCCAGGCAAGGUUUCCUGCACGGCUACUCUCAGACCGAUAGAAGCUGGGGAACAGGAAGAUCUGAUGGAAGCCGGCCUUGAAAAAGACGGCAACAUUGUCCAGAUAGAUAUUCCCAUGGAAGGCGAAGCCACGGCCGUGCUUGUUGAUGUGGAUGAGGCACGCCAACAGCUCUUCAACGGAGCCAUAGCUGGGUUGGCCAGGGGGCCUCGCCGUGCGUCGCCGAUACACGGCUGCCAAGUCCACAUCACUCUUGAUACGUCUCGCGAUGCGCUAGAGACACCAACUGGAGGCCAUUUCAGCAGUGCGGCUAAAACCGCCGUCCAAGCAGCUCUUAGAGAUGCGUUCGAUAAAAGCCAGAUUGGCAUUUUAGAGCCCAUCAUGUUGACGCACAUUACCUGCCCUGAAGCGGCCGCUGGAACAGUUCAGCAUGACAUAACAGCUGGUGCGGGUGGUCAUGUCCUCGAAGUCAACGAUCGUUCUGCAGAAUCUGCUAGCGACGAAUUGAUCGAUAUCUCCAAGAUUUACGCGCCGCCUGAUCCCUAUGACUCGAUCACCUCGCUGAGAAGCAAAAAGUCCACUGCUCGCAUGGUCGAAAUAGUAGCAAAAGUCCCCUACAAGGAGAUGCUGAACUACGACGAGCAUCUACGAAGCAAGACCGCGGGCCGGCAUUCUAUGACUAUGUCGUUUGAUUCUUUUGCAAGAGUGGUUGGCCAUCGAGAAAAGGAUCUCUGA